CCUUGUACCACCUGUCCUGUCUCCCCCUCUAAAUCAAAACCCAUCUCCCCUUUCCUUCCCAAAUCUCAAUUCCAGUGAGAGAUAGAAACCCAUUUCAACCAUCAUUACAUUCAAAAUUUUCAUCUAGCUUUGAUUCUUCUUGUUAAGAUCUUCUUCAUUUUAUAUUAGCAUCAUGAGUAGUUCUCUGAACUAUGAUGCACUAAAUUUCAAACUCAUAUUCUUCACCAUCCUCCUUAUCAACGCAACCGCAUUGACUAACCAAAACCAAAAUCCUAAAUCCAACUCAACUCAGACUCAGAUCAACUCCAACUCGGUCCUCGUCGCCCUUCUUGACUCACACUACACCGAGUUAUCCGAACUCGUUGAAAAAGCUCUUCUUCUACAAACCCUAGAGCAAGCAGUUUCACAACACAACAUUACCAUCUUUGCUCCCAACAAUGAAGCUCUCGAACGCCACAUGGAUCCAGAAUUCAAACGGUUUUUACUCGAACCGGGAAAUCUCAAAUCACUACAAAAAUUAUUGCUUUUCCACAUCAUUCCGACCCGGGUCGGGUCGGAACAAUGGCCGGGUCAGGAUACUGGAUCAGUAGCAGUAGCUCAUCAUAAAACGCUCUGUGUGGAAGAAUCCGAAAAUCGUUUACCGUUGACCCGUGGAAAUUCCGGGGAGAAAAUAGUGGGUGGGCUAGCGAAAGUUACUCGACCCGACGACGUGACCCGACCCGACGGGUUGAUCCAUGGGAUUGAGAGACUGUUGGUACCUAGAUCUGUGCAAGAAGAGUUUAACCGGAGAAGAAGUUUGACUUCAAUUUCAGCGGUUUUACCCGAAGGAGCUCCGGUAGUGGAUCCGAGAACACACCGGUUAAAAAAACCCGCUCCAGUUCCAGCUGGAGCUCCACCGGUUCUACCAAUAUACGACGCAAUGGCACCGGGUCCAUCACUAGCUCCGGCUCCAGCACCCGGACCCGGUGGGCCACGUCAUCACUUUGACGGUGAGAGUCAGGUGAAAGAUUUUAUUCAAACGCUGUUACAUUACGGUGGGUAUAAUGAAUUGGCGGAUAUUUUGGUGAACUUAACGUCGUUAGCGACGGAAAUGGGGAGAUUGGUGUCUGAGGGUUAUGUUUUAACGGUGUUGGCUCCGAAUGAUGAAGCAAUGGCGAAACUUACUACUGAUCAGUUGAGUGAUCCGGGUGCACCGGAACAGAUAAUGUAUUAUCAUUUGAUUCCGGAGUAUCAGACGGAAGAGAGUAUGUAUAAUUCGGUUAGAAGGUUCGGGAAGGUUCAGUAUGAUACUUUGAGAUUGCCGCAUAAGGUGGUGGCGGAGGAGGCUGAUGGGUCGGUUAAGUUCGGGUCGGGUGAGGGUUCGGCGUAUUUGUUUGAUCCGGAUAUUUACACCGAUGGGCGGAUAUCGGUGCAGGGGAUUGAUGGUGUUUUGUUUCCGGUGGAGGAGACGAAGGAGAAACCGGCUAGUAAGGUUUCUCCGGCGACGGCGACUAAGGUCGUUGCAAACCAAAGAAGAGGGAAAUUAUUGGAAGUAGCAUGUUCGAUGGCUGGCGUAUUCGGACAUUUUACAAGUUGUAAUUGAUGUAUACAUACAUAUAUAUUAUGCAAAAAAGUUGAAUAUGUUAGGAAAACUGUGUGGAAAAUAGGACAUAAAUGGGAAACGAAUGGUGCAGUUUGGCAUGGAAGGAAGUUUUCCCCAGAGAAUCAGAUCCCCUCACAUGAGAACAAAACAAUCUCUCUUUUUUUAUUAUUUUUUAUAAUAAUUUUCAAUAUUUUAUUUCUUCAUGAUGCUGUAUAAAUACUGUAAUUAGUAAAAAGAAAGUGAUUUUUUAUGUACGUAUGUUUGAUUUUUGCGAAAAUUGUAUUUGCCCAAAUCUGCAAAAUCUUGGGGCACAAUUCUUUUCCACAAGGAAGAUUGAUUUUGAUUC